UAAAUAAAAGACCGCCGUCCGACCUACCAGCUGAACAAACGACGUCGUACUGGAUCCCCUUCACCUGAAUCUCUAUUGACUGACUCUCUCUCCCAAUUCCGUUUAAUCCUACCAUUCUUAAACCCCAAUUCGUAAAGAUUUGUGAAUCAAACUGAUCAGAUCGACAAUCCAACUGGAUCUUUCGAAAAGGGAAAAUGGUGCUGAUUGCGGUUGUGCGAGAUUACAUCAAUCGAAUGCUACAUGACAUUUCCGGCAUGAAAGUUCUCAUCCUCGACUCUCAAACGGUUAGCGUUGUGAGUGUUGUAUAUUCACAGUCAGAGCUGCUUCAGAAAGAAGUGUUUCUUGUGGAACUUGUGGAUUCCAUUUCAAUGUCAAAAGAACCCAUGACACACCUGAAAGCUGUCUAUUUUCUCCGUCCAACAUCUGAGAAUGUAGUUCUUGUGAGACGUCAGCUGAAUCAUCCUCGGUUUGGAGAGUACCACCUAUUUUUCUCCAAUAUGUUAAAAGACACUCAGCUGCACAAUAUGGCAGAUGCAGAUGAGCCUGAAGUAGUUCAACAAGUGCAGGAGUUCUAUGCUGACUUUGUUGCACUUGAUUCCCAUCAUUUCUCCUUAAAUAUUUCAUCAAACCAUAUGUAUAUGCUUCCAGCCGUGGUGGAUCCAUCAGGUUUACAGCACUUUUGUGAUCAAGCUAUUGAUGGGAUUGCUGCCAUCUUCCUGGCUCUAAAACGUAGACCUGUUAUUCGUUAUUCACAGACGUCUGAUAUAGCCAAAAGGAUAGCACAAGAAGCGCUGAAGCUGAUGUAUCAGCAGGAGAGUGGUCUCUUUGAUUUUCGGCGUUCAGAGGUUUCUCCGUUGUUGCUUAUUCUCGAUAGGCGAGAUGACCCAGUGACUCCUCUUCUCAAUCAAUGGACAUAUCAGGCCAUGGUUCAUGAAUUGAUAGGCAUUCAAGACAAUAAAGUAGAUCUCAGAAACAUUGGCAAGGCAUCAAAGGACCACAAGGAGGUUGUACUGUCUUCCGAGCAAGAUCCCUUUUUCAAAGCCAACAUGCAUGAGAAUUUCGGAGAUAUUGGGAUGAAUAUCAAAAAGUUGGUGGAUGAUUUCCAGCAAAUUGAAAAAAGUAAUCAGAAUAUCCAGACAAUAGAGGACAUGGCUAAAUUUGUUGACAACUACCCAGAAUACAAAAAAAUGCAUGGCAAUGUUUCCAAGCAUGUGACAUUGGUAACCGAAAUGAGUAGGAUUGUUGAAGAGCGGAAACUAAUGUUAGUCUCACAAACCGAACAAGAUUUAGCCUGUAAUGGUGGGCAAGGGGCAGCGUUUGAGGCUGUUACAAACCUGUUAAACAACGAAAAUAUCUCAGAUAUUGACCGACUGCGCUUAGUCAUGCUGUAUGCUUUGCGGUAUGAGAAAGAGAGCCCCGUCCAGCUGAUGCAGUUAUUCAAUAAAUUGGCAUCUCAAUCUCCAAAGUAUAAACCAGGGCUUGUGCAAUUCCUACUGAAGCAAGCUGGUGUUGAUAGGCGAACUGGGGAUCUUUAUGGGAACAGAGAUCUGCUCAAUUAUGCUCUUAACAUGGCUCGCGGACUCAAAGGAGUGGAGAAUGUAUACACUCAGCAUCAGCCCCUGCUAUCUCAGACGAUGGAGAGCAUUACUAAAGGGCGUUUGAGAGAUGUGGACUACCCUUACAUCGGAAACCAUUUCCAACAAGCUAGGCCUCAGGAUGUCAUAAUUUUCAUUGUGGGCGGAACUACUUAUGAGGAGGCCCGCAUGGUUUCCCUCCAAAACGCUACAAAUUCUGGAAUUCGUUUCAUCCUCGGUGGUUCAGCAAUCCUCAAUUCAAAGAGGUUUCUGAGGGACCUCGAGGAAGCACAGAGAAUCAUUCGGACAAGCACAAAUGUGAUAUGAAACGCAACAUGAUGCCUCACACGAGGGAAAAUUUUGGCUUGACAUAGAGAUUUGAUUUCUAAAAAUACCUGAGUUCGAUGAAGAUAUCAACCUUGCUAUCUGGAUGGGUUUAGAUUAGAGCAAUUUUUGUUGUUCUGUACAACGUUGGUUAUGUAUUGUUUGUAAUUGUACAACUAUUUUAUUCUUGUUUAUACAACAAAUCUUUAGGAA